AUGAUGGCCUCACCAGCAAGAUCCGCGCCCGCCGAUCAACAGGUCGGCAAUUCAUCCAAAUCGCCUGACGGGCAAGAUGCCAACGAUCCGAACAACACUGAGGACAAGGCCCGUCUGACCGCCGAAGAGAAGAAACAGAAUCACAUCAAUUCCGAGCACAAGCGCCGCCAGAACAUCCGCGAUGGUUUCGAUCGCCUAUGCGAGAUUGUCCCAGGACUCGAAGGCCAGGGUCGCUCAGAGGGUCUUGUUCUGAAACAGACGAUUGCCUACAUGAGAGAACAGAUCCGCGAGCGAAGGAUGAUGAUUGAACAGCUUGAGGCCGCUGGCGAGACAGUCGACCCCAAGCUUAUAGAACCAUUGGCCGCGUUUGAGAAGUACGAGGCCGAGCACAAAGACAGUGAUACGCCCGAGUUGGACUUUGAGCUGAAGGCGCCAAAGAAGGGGAAGGGGAAGAAGAAAUCAAAUGUCAAGGACCAACAGACGCGCGAAGAUACUGGUAACGAUGAUGAGUCGGGCCAGGACGAAGUGAAGCAGGAACCGCCUCAUCACGAUGUGUCAAUGGGUUGA